UUGUGGGCCCCCCCGCUGGCCAUGGGCAUCCAGGGCAUGGAGCUGUGCGCCGUGGCCGUGGUCAUCCUCCUCUUCAUCGCCGUCCUCAAGCAGUUCGGCAUCCUGGAGCCCAUCUCCGUGGAAGACAGCGGCGAUGCCGAGUUGGAGCUUUCGUCCGUACGGCACCAACCCGAGGGGCUGGAGCAGCUGCUGGCGCAGACCAAGUUCACCAAGAAGGAGCUGCAGUCCCUCUACCGCGGCUUCAAGAAUGAGUGUCCCAGUGGCCUCGUGGACGAGGAGACCUUCAAGCUCAUCUACUCGCAGUUUUUCCCCCAAGGCGACGCCAGCACCUAUGCGCACUUCUUAUUUGACGCCUUCGACGCCGACCGUAACGGGGCUCUCUGCUUCCAGGAUUUUGUUGUCGGCCUCUCCAUCUUGCUGCGGGGGACAGUGCACCAGAAGCUGAAGUGGGCUUUCAACCUCUACGAUAUUAAUAAAGACGGCUACAUCACUAAGGAGGAAAUGCUGGAGAUCAUGAAGUCCAUCUACGACAUGAUGGGGCGCUGCACCCACCCCACCCUGAGGGACAGCGCGCCCGCAGAGCACGUGGAGCUGUUCUUCCAGGUGAGACCGUCCCGCCUCAUCCCCUCCUGGCAGCCGCCAAAACCCACCGUGUAUCAUGGGCUGGAGGCUGUCACUGCUGCUGGGGACAGGGAUGUCCCCGCUGAGCCCCUGCUCUUCCCUUGCAGAAGAUGGACAGGAAUGGCGACGGCGUGGUGACCUUUGAAGAGUUCCUGGAGACCUGCCAGAAGGUGAGGAGCUUCGGGUGGGCUUUGGCAUCACCGCCAUCCUCAUUCCCCUCACUGCCAGGUCUUCGAGUCCGAGACACAAGCCCGUUCUGCAUCCCGUCCCAAAAUGACAUGCCGGGGGGGGGCUGGGAGAGAUGGGGGUUGACAGCUCUGGUCACCCUGGGGCCGAUGGGAGGAGGGGGACCGGGAGCUCUGACCUCUCCCUCCCGCCCCAACCAGGACAAGGACAUCAUGAGCUCCAUGCAGAUCUUCGAGAACAUGAUCUAGAACCCAGGACCACCUGCUCGGCCCCGCCAGCGCCUCCGCGAGCGCCCGAGGGGAACUUUUUGUCUACUAUUUCAGUCAAAACAAGAGGUUAAAAGAAAGAAGAAAAUAAUCCACCUGGCUCCCGGCACUCUAGUUACAAGAGACGAGAAGAGAUACGGAUGACUUUGCCAGCUCGUCCGCCUCAGCUCCCCCCAGCACGGUGCCUGGUGAUGCCCGCCCUGCCAGCCGGACCCAUUUUGGGGGGCUGAGCCCCCUCCCAACGAGGAUCCCUCUGCCCUGGGUGGCACAGGAGACCUCACCGCAGCACAAACCCGGACCCCUUUCCCCGGGAAGCAAGCCUUCCAGGAGGGGACCCUCUGGGGAGGGGGGUCUCUGUAUCACAGCCGUGAAACGGCAGCUCCUGAAGGUCGACUGAAAGCACACAAACCUCCUCUCCUCUCCCGCCUCCCGCAUCGCUUAAGGGGAUCCACAGUGACAAGGGAGGCCGCUCCCCACCUUCCGGUGGUACAGGAGGAGAGGGUUUAUUUUCUAAAUAAAAGAAAUGGCGAUGAUUUAGGGAUGAAACGUGCCGCCUGGGGAGCUGAGGGGGAAGCAACAGUCGCACACAUCCCCGGGGGGGCCGGAGAGGGUGACCCCGAGCCCUGGGGUGGCGGUGGCAGAGGCGGCUUCACUCACCAAAGCG